UGCGUGGAGAGGUGGUGCGCAGUAACUGGGACCGCUCGGGCACUGCCGGCGUUUCUACGCAGCGGCUUGGUCGUUGAAAUCUACAUGGUGCCCCACCUGGACCCGGAAUCUGCGCUGCACCGGCCGAAACCAGCGAUCCAAGUCGAGCUGAUCGAACACCGGAAGCAACUGCCGCUCUGUCUCUAGCUAAGCCUUCCACCUCGAUUGGCAGCUGGAGGCGCCGUCUGGACCCAUCCGUGUAAUUUGUGUGCGCCAAGGUGUGGUUGACAAACAAGGGCGUUCUAAACUCAGCGAGAGGCACGUGCGGCUUCAGGAGCGCCGUGUUGAAAAUAUCGUCGAAUGUAUCGUACAAGCGGUCGCCAAAUUGGGCGCCUUCGUGCGUGGUUGUUUUGAGAGUGACGACAGGGAAGUUAUCUUUACAUUUGAAUGCCGACAUCGUACGUCCAUUCUUUUGUUACACUGACAAAUGCUUUGAGUAGAUCAACUGCCCAAGUUUGUACUGACGAGCGCAUGUUCAAGGCAGAAGCGCGCUUUCAGAACUCUACAGAUAGAAAAAUAAGGACAACUUACAGGUCUGUCGAAGGCAGCCGGCAUUUCGUAGUUUAGUACCUGUAAAGCCGCUGCUCAGAAAUAAUUUCCUGCGUGAUCGUUAGAACUCAGAAUCGUUAAUCGAAGACCGUAAGAUAACAAUAAGCAACUGGGCGUAGUCUUCUGUCACCAUCGAAACAAUUAAGCAUUCAACGAGGUUUGACGCGGUUAACGGUGCCGACAUCUGCUUGUGCCACGGAGAACGUUCCGCCUCCAGCGCCUAAACUUAGCUAUAGGCUGCACUAAACGUACAACCGUUGGGUAAUUGCUUUCAAUGCGAAAUUUAAGUUACGCAUGUGUCUUGUGCGCAGUGAAUUGCUGCGAGCUCAGUGUUGAUAACGUUUUUCACUGAACCGGCGCCGACAGACAACUGAGAUCGAGUUCGUUGCGCCUAUGACGUGCAGUUAUCGCGGAAGUACUUAUUCCAGAACGCAUAUUUAAAAGCCUGUUGGACAAUAACCUGACACCGGCACCAAUGAAUCUGUUUUAUUACUAAAUUUCUUUUGUUUUCUAAGCUCACCCACCGCCCACCAAACCAACACGGGGCGAAACGGGAUUUCCCGUCAAAUUCGCCUCAACUGUAUGAGAGCACACCUACGUGUCAGUCAGAACUGUCACUAAACAAAAUAAUCCGUUGAAGAAAAACGCAAGAACAACAGAACCCAGCUCUCCUGGUUAUACGUUACGAUACAGUUUUAGUGCUCCAGUUUUCAGACCACCGCCGCGGACCAUCGUCCUUGAUCAACCCAACCUGUGCCUCCAAGGAGAUAGUUCUUUUGUAUCUUCACAUCGCCGGAGUAGGAAGGAAGUCAAAGCACCGGAGGAGCUUCGCCGGAAGUUCGAAGGUCGCCAUGGAUUUUGACGGGGCCCUUAUGAAGACCGGCGGCUUCGGCCGCUUUCAAACGACGCUCGCCCUCGUGUUCCUCACCACGGCCACAGCACAUUUCUCGUUCAACCACAUGGCCCAGGUGUUCAUACUCAUCGUGCCCGAGCACUACUGGUGUCCCGUCGCGGCGCCCGAAGGCGGCGGUGCCAACUCGAGCUUCGCGGUCGGCUUCUCGGAAGGAGACUCGUGGAACGGCUCGCUCCUGCUGUCCAGACAAACUUGCCGUCUCGAACUGGGCAUCGGUGCCGUGGAUAUUAAUGGGACCACUACAGAGCAAUGCCCCGAAGGCUGGCACUACGAGUACGGUGACCUGUACGCGACCAUGUCCACUGAGCACAACUGGGUUUGCGGCGACAGCUGGAAGCAAUAUGUGCUCCACACGACCUUCUGGAUCGGCUCGAUGGCCGGAUACGUCACAUCCGGAUUCCUCGCGGACAGGUUCGGUCGUCGGGUGGCCAUCGGUUGCCUCUCUGCGGUGAGCGCUCUGGCCAACUUGAUGCCGCUCUUCAUCUCGCAGCACUGGGGCCUGGCUGUGGCCAGGCUCAUCGCCGGCAUGGGCGCCGAAAGUGUCUGCUCCACCAUCUUCGUUCUCGUGAUCGAGUUCACCAUACCCGAGCGGCGCACGCUGAUCGGCUUCGUGUGGGCCUUCAGCUGGACCAUCAUGUCGUCUUCUUAUCCCUGGUACGCCGACCUCAUCCAGAGCUGGCGAGGGCUGGUCCUCACCAACUCCGCGCUCAGCGUCGCCAUCCUGGUCAUUCUUUGGUUCGUGCCCGAAUCUCCUAGCUGGCACCUGACAGUAGGGCGGAGGGACGAGGCCAUUCGUACCCUCACCAAGAUCGCUAGGGUGAAUGGGCGGCGCGAGAUCACGGUGGAUGACUUCAAGGCACUCCAGAUAAAGCCGUCCGAAGUGGCACCGACCGAGCAGAAAAGGAGCUUCUGGAAGGACACCCUUGCUCUGGUGGCGACACCCCGGCUUCGGAGGAAUACUCUGGUGCUGUUCGGCGGAUGGUUCCUCAUCUGCCUCGUCUACAACGCCAACACGCUGGAGCUGAGCCACCUCGGCUUGAACGUGUAUGGCACGUAUUCGACGGCCGUCGCGUUCGAACUUCCCGUCAACCUGUUCACCAUCCUGGCCCUCGACAGGCUGGGGCGGCGGUGGCCCAACGUGGCCUUUAUGUUCAUCGGGGGCAUCAUCGCCCUUGUCAUGGCCCUGCUCAGAACAGACUCGUCGGCAGCCACGCUAGUCAUGGCUGUGAUCACGAUCGUCUGUUACGCGGGCGGCUACAAUAUCACGUACCAGCUGGCCUCCGAGAUCUUCCCCACCGAGAUACGAGGUCGGGGUGUGCUCAUCAAGCGGCUCUUCGGCGACAUCGGCAGCUGCCUGGGUGCGGACGUCGCUUACUUGGUGGAAUAUGACCGGUACCUGCCGCUGCUGGUGAUGGGCGUGUUGUCGCUGCUGGCUGCGCUGCUGCUCUUCUUCGUGCCGGACACGGUGCACGAGCCGCUGCCGCAGACUAUCGAGGACGGCGAGGAGUUCGCAAAGGACCAGGGGCUCUGCUUCUGCCCCGUGCUCGUCACCAGGUUGCCCGACCGGCAGGACUGGGAAAGGAGCGACAAGUCAAAUGGAGAGCCCGUCAAAGAUCAACAAAUCGUCACACACUUAUAGGAAUACAAGAUAAUAACAAUUUGAUCGCCAGAUACAUGCCUGAGUUAAGAAGAGAGGAGAGACAUCUGCUGAAGUUAGCAAUAAACUUUUUAUUUUACACCAGUGA